GUGAAGGAGCUGGACGUUGCCGAGCACGCCGCCAAGGAGCAAGUGGCCGAAGUGAAGGAGCUGGACGUUGCCGAGCACGUCGCCAAGGAUCAAGUGGCCGAAGUGAAGGAGCUGGACGUUGCCGAGCACGCCGCCAAGGAGCAAGUGGCCGAAGUGAAGGAGCUGGACGUUGCCGAGUCUGGGGCAGCCGCUGUUGCGGCCGAUGCCGUUCAUCAUGCCGACGGUUCGUUGCAGGGCGGGGCAAAGCAUGACGUGCCGGCUGGUGGCGAUCACAAGGCGGCUGAGCACCACGACGAACACACGAGGGAGAUGUAG